AAGUAGAGACUGAAAUCGUGUCUUCGCGGCGGAGUUAGAUCAGGACGGAGGCCUAGUGCUUAGUACCCGGAAGAAAAGCCGCCGGAGUAGACAGCGCAAGGCCACCGCGUCCAAGCUCGGAGCAGAAAAAUGGCGGAAAAGGCAGUGACCAUCCGGACACGUAAAUUCAUGACGAAUCGCCUUCUCUCAAGGAAACAAUUCGUCAUCGAUGUUCUCCACCCUGGAAGGGCCAAUGUUUCAAAGGCGGAGCUGAAAGAAAAGCUGGCAAGGAUGUAUGAAGUGAAAGAUUCCAAUGCCAUAUUUGUUUUUAAGUUCAGGACUCACUUUGGAGGAGGUAAAUCAACUGGGUUUGGUCUGAUCUAUGACUCUGUUGAGAAUGCAAAGAAAUACGAGCCCAAGUAUAGGCUCAUCAGAAAUGGGUUAGCCACUAAAGUUGAGAAGUCCCGAAAGCAAAUGAAGGAGCGAAAGAACAGAGCCAAGAAAGUCCGUGGAGUGAAGAAGACCAAGGCUGGAGAUGCUGCAAAAAAGAAGUAAUGAUUCUGUGGCAAAUGUAGGUCAAGCUGAAUUUGGAAAAGAAAUUGCAUGCCCAGACUUUCUCUCAUUAUGUUUUCUUCCUUUCCAAUGGAUUUCCCCCAAUCUAUCUUCCAUUUUUGCUGAAUCUUAGGAGUGUAACAGGGUUAUGCUUCAACUUUUCUUUCACAAUAGCCAUCUGUUAUCUUUUACUUUCUCUGCUUGUUGAGCUAUUAUGUUUUUGGAUGAUCCAUUUGGGAUGUUUGUAGUUUGUACUGUGAAAGCAGUAUACUCUUGAUAUAUGGCCUGCUGUGGUAUUCUGAACAUAGGCUCUUAACUCUUUCCAUUCCAAGUUUUGAAAAUGUGUGUUUUACAUGACAGACAAGCAUAGACAAUUAUUAUUCGUGGAUCCUAAAUAAUUUUCAUUGUCAUUG